CGGUCCUGUUUUGAGUCAGUUACAGUUACAGGAGCGCACACUCUUGUCACUCCAUGCAUGAUCGCCUGAAGAGAGAAUGGCUAGAUUUCUAAACCGUAAUGUAAGGACUUUUUUGGCCACACAGAUCAGGAUGUCGUCCGACCAGCUAGGAGAACUGGGUAAAGGUGCUGGGAAAGGAGGCGGCGGUGGAGGUGCGGUGAGGGAGGCAGGAGGUGCGUUUGGCAAGAAACAAGCAGCUGAGGAGGAGAUGUACUUCAAGAAAAAAGAGCAAGAACAAUUUGCUGCUCUAAGAAGACACCACCGGGAAGAAAUCGACCACCACCAAAAGGAAAUUGAGAGAUUACAACAGGAAAUCAGUCGCCAUGAGGGCAAAAUCAGAAAACUUAAACAAGACAAAUGAGACCGGCGAAAUCGUGACAUUACAUUUCAUAGAAAAAUAUCCCACACAUGUUUUUAAAUGUGAUUAAAUAAUUGUAGAUGCUUUAUUUUUA